CGCCGAGGCACCGAGUGGACCGACGCAGCUCCGUCAGCGGGCGCAUGAAGGCUUCCUCCCCCGGUUUAAGGGCUUGUUUUCGUUGAUUCCCCCCGCUGUCGUCGCUCCUCUAUGGGUGUGAAGUAAAAGCGGGCGGCAGACAGUCGGGUUCCCCUCCUUCUCUGCUCUCAUCUCGGUCAGCAUCGCAUCCUGUCCCGAACCACAAAAUGGCGGACAUGAUCGAGAUGGGACCCGCCUACGCCAUGUCUCCGGUGCUGGCGGGCUUCCUCGGAGCUGGUGUUCUGGUUCUGGUCGUGGUAAUUCUGGUUGUGCUCUGGACUUUUUGUCAGCGUCGCUAUCUCCGGGUCACUGGACGCUACAAGUUGCAUGGAGACCGUUACUGCGAUGCAGAAGACCCCCCCUACAAGUUCAUUCACAUGCUGAAGGGGAUCAGCAUUUACCCAGAAUCCCUCAGCAGCAGUAAGAGGAUUGUCCGAGGGAUUCGGCGUGCCGAGCGGGAUGGAGAAAGGGGCUGCACCACUUCUGGCACCACGGGAAGGGGCAUGGUGUUGGUGGACGCUGAGAACAACAUCCUGGACGUCCCCGGUCAGCUGCAGAUGAGUCACCUGGUUCCCCCCGUGGGGACAGGCCACGCCCACAGCCAAGCCCGGCUGGAGCGGGCGUUACCGGUCCGAGCCGAUUACUGCUGCCUGGACAGCAGCUCGGCUAGCAGCAGCCAAACCAGCAGCAAGACCGUAUCUCCAUUCACACCCGCCUCCUCGGAUCCUGAACCUGAACCCAGUCUGGGGUCCAUCAGCCUCACCGUCGACUACAAUUUCCCCAAGAAGGCCUUGGUGGUGAACAUUGUCGGGGCAAGGGGUCUUCCUGCCAUAGACGAGCAGGCCGGCAGCUCCGACCCGUAUGUGAAGAUGACCAUCCUUCCUGAGAAGAAGCAUCGCGUGAAGACACGUGUGCUGAGGAAGACUCUGGACCCGAUCUUUGAUGAGACCUUCACCUUCUACGGUGUGGCCUACAGCUCGCUGCCUGAGCUCACGCUGCACUUCUUGGUCCUCAGCUUUGACCGCUUUGCCCGUGAUGAUGUCAUCGGGGAGGCCAUGGUGCCACUGAAAGGUGUGGACCCGAGCACUGGUCGGGUCCACCUGAGCCAGCAGAUCACCAAGAGGAACAUGCAGUGUGAGAGUCGUGGAGAGCUGCUGGUGUCCCUGUCCUACCAGCCCGUGUCCCAUCGUCUCAGCGCUGUGGUUCUGAAGGCCCGACACCUCCCUAAGAUGGACAUCAGCGGCCUGUCAGCCAAUCCGUAUGUGAAGGUGAACGUCUUCUAUGGCCGUAAGCGCAUCGCCAAGAAGAAGACCCACGUGAAAAAGUGCACACUGAACCCGGUCUUCAACGAGUCUUUCAUCUACGACAUCCCACCAGAACUCCUGCCUGAGAUAUCUGUGGAGUUCCUGGUGGUCGACUUUGACCGGACCACCAAGAACGAGGUUCUGGGCCGCCUGCUCCUCGGUCUCCACAGCCCGUCGUCCUCUGGCACCUCCCACUGGAGGGAGGUGUGUGAAAACCCCCGCCGGCAGAUCUCCAAAUGGCACAACCUGAGCGAGUACUGAAGGAGGAGAAGCUUCAGGAACCAGCUGAUGGCACCGAGCAGCUGGGACUCCACCAGUGAACCCCCACUGGAAACAAACAGUGUACAGCACAUACACACACACACACAUACACACACAUAUACACACACACACACACAUACACUCCUGCAGCACACACACUGUUGUGGUGAUACUUAAACUCUUCGUCUCUAUUAUCUCUUUACAAACACGACAUUUGCAAGUGUAAGAAGAUUCCUGCGGUUCUUUUACUAAACAAAAAACAAACAAACAAACAAGCGGCCCAUUUCAGACACUGUCCUCGUGUCUCCUCUGGCUGUGUGUGUGUAGACGGGGGAAGGAAUGCUCUCGUAUAAUUAAAAACUAAAAGUUUACUUAAGAAAAAAGAAAAGAUCCCCUCUCGCUGUCGUUGUCAUGCACUUCAUUGCAUGUCUGUCUGAAAAGAAGAAGUAAACCUGAGUGAUGAUCUGGGAGAAACCUCAGCUCCAUAACAACAUAACCCAACACUGACUAUAUCCAGUAGAAUUACUCCUCAGUAUAAGAACUGGUGCUGACGCCCUCGGACAUCCCGCUCUGACGCUUCUCCGCGCUGACUAACCUCCUUCUCAGAAGGUCUUUGAUUUAGUCGUCAGCAUGCUUCCCGUCUGCAGCGGUCCUGCAGAAACGCGGCGUCCUGAUCCAGAACCACAGGAAGUCACAGUCCGUCCCCACAUUAGCUCCAACUCUAAUGUGGACUCAAACCGGUUCACAUCUCCUGAUUCCUCCACCUCCGAGUGACGGCGGCUAAAAUGUGAUGUAAAAGUCUGAAGCAGUGGGCAGAUGUGCUGCAGAUGUCUUAGAACAAAAAGCUGCUCAGAAAAGUUGACCAAAGCUCCUGAAAACAUUCAGCCUUUUUGUUCCUUUUUGUUACUUUUCAUCAAGUCCUUUUAUAAACACACACACACACACACACACACACACACACACACACACACACACACACACACACACACACACACACACACACACACACAUCUCUGAUUCUUUAUCAUUGGGGUUUGAUGAACUUUGUAACAUUUCUAAAGAUGCUUCAAGUCUUUAGAGACAUAAUCCGUUCAGAAACUGGUGAAGAUAAAACAUCCUCAAGGUCAAAUCCAGGAAAUAAAAUAUCAGAUUAACUAAACCAUCAUGCAUCAAAAAGGUAAAAUAACCAGUCAGAGAAACUGAUAAUCUCACAUUAAUCAGAUUGAAAUCUAAUGUGUGUAAAUAAUGUUAAAUAAAUAAGUUUUAUUCUUGUAGAAACUUUUAAAUUACCAGUGAUCAAAAUUUAUGUUUUAUUUAUCAUGUUUUAAAAAUCAGCCUGCUGCAGAGAGGUGUAAUCUGAUGGUUUCUCAUGGUAAUCUCAAGAUUUGUUUCUGUAAUGUGGUCUCUCUCUGUAAUCUAAAGAUUUCCCUCUGUAAUCUGAAAGUUUCUCUCUGUAUUCUGAUGGUUUCUCAUGGUAAUCUCAAGAUUUCCCUCUGUAGUCUGAAGGUUUCUCUCUGUAAUCUGAAAAAUUCUCUCUGUAAUCUGAAGGUUUCUCUAUGUAAUCUGAAGGUUUCUCUCUGUAACAUGAAGGUUUCUCUGUAAUCUGAUGGUUUCCCUCUGUAAUCGUAAACUUUCCCUUAGAUUUUUCAAACUCAACAUGACUUGUGUCAAGAGUCUGAGUGUGUCCAUCAGAGGGCGCUGCAGAGACAAGUUUCUGAACUAAAUCCAGCUCCAAUUUGCCCUCAGAGGCCUUAAGAAAACAUAAAUACUCUGAAAAUCAUUAAAACCCUUACCUGUAGUGGAAUAUUCUGGGUUUAUUGUUACUCUGCACUCAUUUCAUUAUUCUAAAAUAUAAAACAUCACCUAACAGAUAAAAAGGAUAAAUUCUGCUCAAAAUGAGCCAUUUUUAACUCUCCAGUAACUGUCUUUAGCAGCUUCACCUCUAUUCUUAUUUUGUACAUUUGGAUUCUGGACCAAUUCUGACUUUUCUUUGGACUUUUCUUCCACGCAGACUGGAUUUAUCCAUGAGCAGAUGGCACUGUGCUGUUGAACUUGUUUUGACCCAACAAGGGAAUAUUUUGCAUCGUGAGUGAAAAGCACAUUUGAGUUAAUCCACCUUAAACUUGCUGAACUGCUUCCUGUUCUUACAAACAACAUUAACUCAAUCCAACUAAAGAUCCUGCAGAAACGAUGACAUCAUCACAGAGGGGCUGCGGCCUGAUCUGGCCUCCCUUGGAUCCGGGUGGAGGACUAUGACCCGUUUGGGACUGACUGGCUGUAGAUUUGUACAGAUGUUUGCUGGUUUGUCCUCAGAGCUUUAGUGUGUUUGAGCGCCCCCACCCCCACAACGCUGUAGACCUGGAUCCUAACCUCUGUGUCGGGUUUGUUAACACUCAGUGGAAAUAAAACCAAGUUAGCUACGAUCA